CCACACCAAAGCCCGGACGUUCAACAGGCCAAACUCAUGCUUGCUCAUGUAUUUCGCCAGGCAGGGCGUUUUCACGAUGCGGAGAGGUUGGAUGGCGAGGUGCUUACUAUUCGGGAGCGUCUACACGGCAAAGACGCUCAGGAGACACUGAUUGUCAUGUACAAUCUGGCAGCCGACAUCAAGCUCCAGAGCGGACGCCUUCUGGAGGGCCUGGCCAUGGAGAGGCGCGUCCUGGAGACAGUAGUCCAAACAUACUGGUCGAAGGAUCAAGCUAAUGCUGUGGCUGAUCACUCUCCGGCGAUGGACAUCCUGAUCCGCAUGUGUAAUUUAGCUGACACCCUUUUUAUGCACAACCAAGCGGCGGAUGCAGCCCAAUUACAUGAGAUAGUUCUACGUCUAUGUACGGCGUCAAUUGGACCCGGUCACCCAUACACUAUUGCUGUAAUGGAUAGUACUGGCAGGGAUUAUGUGUCUCAAGGCCGCUUGCAGGAAGCGGUCCGGCUGCUGCAGGAUGCAGUCGAGGCAGGGAAAGUCCACCUGGGAGACCAGGAUGCAACAACGCGAAGGUGUAUUGUCCAUCUGGCAGAGACAUACGGGAGAAUGACAGCCGAAGGAGACGGUAAAGUCCCCGAUGACAAGGCCGUGGCUGUUCUAGAACACGCGAUCAAGAUUCUAGAAGAAAGCAUCGGGACGGAUGAUACUGAUACGAUUUCCCUCAAGUACUACCUGGCCGUGGCCUAUGCGCGGAUGGAUGGACGUUUUCGUGAAUCCGAAGCCCUGCAAGAGCAAGUGCUGCAUUGGUGCCGUCGCCAGCUGGGCGUACGCACAGCGACUGCGAACCUGAUGAUUCGUAAUUUGGUGCUGAUGUAUCGACAACUAGGCAGAAUGGACAAGGCGAGAGAGGUGGAGAACGAAUUCGGGCGAAUCCGUCGUUCUCAGUCGUGACCGGUCAUUAUCCUUGUAUUCAAUGUUUGGUCGUGGUUGUAUUUGGCCUCUCUUAAUUAUUUUCCGUUCCAAUAUGAUGAUCCUACGGCCUUUUACAUUCAAGCUUACAGUUUCGGACACCCCGCUUAUACCCAGGUUGGAAGUACGUGCCUCUUUUUUCUCUGUUGCUGCUAUUACUACUCCUACUAUCGAUUUAGUGCCUGUGAGAUCUGGCCCCCUUAGCUGUGGGCCCGCGUUUCGUUAUGAACGUGAACACGAUCGACAGGUACUGCUCCCGUGAUACGCAACGCCUGGAAUAUCAUCGCUUGAAUACGGGGCACUAAGAAGGCUCCUUCAGGAAUAAUACUAGACACGGCCCCGAUUCCAG